AGAGUCUGCAGGUGCCACAAAGUCCAUCCAGAAGCCAGCCAGUCGUCCUCACUUCACUGUGUUACCUCUGGCAUGUCAAGCGAUGACGAAGACGUGCCUCUAGCGGUGCCGCUGCAGGCGUCGGGUGCCGGCAAGCCCGCGCAAGCGCCAGCGCCUGGCGCCGCCGCCCCGGCCGCGCCCCCCACGCCCGUCCCCGUCACCCUCAUCACCGGCUACCUGGGCGCGGGCAAGACCACUCUUGUGAACCACGUGCUGACCGCCAAGCACGGCUACCGCUGCGCGGUUCUGCUCAACGAGAUCGCCGACUCGGCAGACAUCGAGCGGGCGCUGGUCAAGGAGCCCGAGGGCCGCGACGCGUCGCCGCUGGCGGAGUGGGCCGAGCUGGAGAACGGCUGCAUCUGCUGCAGCGCCAAGAACGACAUGGUGAGGGCGCUGGAGGCGCUGAUGCAGCAGCGCUCGCGCUUUGACUACGUGCUCAUAGAGACGACGGGGCUGGCCAACCCGGGGCCCGUGGCGGCGGCGCUGUGGACCGACGAGCAGCUGGAGUCGAGCGUGUGCCUGGACUGCAUCGUGACGGUGGUGGACGGGCGGCACGUGGAGCGCCAGCUGGGCGCCCCGCGCCCCGCGGGCGCCAUCAACGAGGCGCAGCAGCAGGUGGCCUUUGCCGACGUGGUGCUGCUCAACAAGGUGGACCUGGCGGGCGAGGAGCAGCUGGCGCGGGUGGAGGGCACGAUCCGUGGCAUGAACGCUGAGGCCGCCAUCCUGCGCUGCCAGCGCUGCGAGAUCGACCUGGCCAGGAUCCUCAACACCGGCAUCUACUCGGCAGUCAUGCAGGGCCUCCAGGCAGCGGGCGCGGAGCCUGGCAGCGGCCACGACAGCAGGGUUGGCACCGUGACCAUCCUGCUGCCGGGACGGCCCCUGGACCUGCCCCGGUUGCGGCACUGGCUGGACGCGCUGCUGUGGGAGCAGGAGCAGGAGCAGGAGCAGGGGCAGGGGCAGGGGCAGGGCAGCGAGGGGGCAGCAGCAGGAGCGGCAGGCGGCGCGGCGGGAGCGGCGACGGCGGCGGCGGCGGCACCGGUCAUCUUCCGCAUCAAGGGCCUGCUGCAUGUGGAGGGCAGCGAGCGCAAGCACAUCCUGCAGGGGGUGCACGAGAUCUACGAUGUGGUGGAGGGCCCCGCGUGGGCGCCCGGCGAGGAUCGGCGCAGCAAGGUUGUGCUGAUCGGGCGGGGGCUGGACCGCCGUGCGCUGGAGCGCGGCCUGCACUCCUGCCUGGCACCCUUGUAACGCUCCCUGGGU